CACAACAUGAGGGGAAGAAAACUGCCCAGUCCAGUCCUGAUUCUACUUUUUCUGCUACUUCUCAGAGAUGCUUCAGCUGCUCCAAAACCACAGUAUACGGUACUUGUUCCAUCAGAGCUGUUCACCGGGGUUACUGAGAAGGCCUGUGUCCUCCUUAGUCACCUGAAUGAGACAGUGACCCUGAAUGUGAUCCUGGAGAAUGGAUUUCAGACCAGGAACCUCCUCACAGAUCUGGUGACAAAGAAGAACGCCUUCUACUGCAGCCCUUUUGUUAUUCCACAGUUGUUACAAACCUCAGCGUUCAUCACCGUGCAGGUGACAGGGCCAACCCAGCAGUUUGUAAGGAGGAAGAGAAUUUCCUUAAGAGCAGCAGAGAGCCUAGUCUUUGUUCAGACAGACAAACCUAUCUACAAACCAGAACAAACAGUGAAAUUCCGCAUUGUCUCCCUGGAUAUGCGUCUUCGCCCUUUGGAUGAAACGUUCCCAGUGGUUUAUAUUGAGAACCCCCAGAGGAACCGAAUUGUCCAAUGGCAAAAUCUUAAAUUGCAAGGCGGACUCAGCCAACUCUCUUUUCCACUCUCCACGGAGCCCAUUCUGGGUUCCUACAAGGUCGUGCUGCAGAAGGGAUCAGGGAGGAAAACUGAGCAAUUCUUUGAGGUGAAAGAAUACGUUUUGCCCAAAUUUGAAGUCCAAGUGAAAAUGCCCAAGACUAUUGCCUUCACAGAAGAAGAAUUUACGGUCUCCACAUGUGGCCAAUACACAUAUGGAAAGCCUGUCCAUGGCCUAGUGACGAUGAAAGUAUGCAGAAAAUAUACACCACCAUACCAUGGCUGCCAGAGAAGCUAUACACCAAGUAUCUGUGAGGAAUUUACUCAAGAGACAGACAGUGAAGGCUGUUUCACACAACUUGUUAAGACUGAAAAAUUUCAAAUGAGACAAAUGAGCUACGACUUGUCACUACAAGUGGAAGCUAAGAUCAGAGAGGAGGGAACAGAGUUGGAAAUAACUGGGCAUGGAUCAUGUUCUAUCACAGCUAUAUUAAGCAGAGCAGAAUUUAUAAAAGCAGAUUCACAUAUCACACCAGGGAUCCCUUUCUUCGGGCAGGUUCGCCUAUCUGAUGAGAAGAAUCAGCCACUUCCCAAUAAAACUGUAAUUGUCCAAGUGGAUAUGGCUAACCAAACCAGCCUGACUACUAAUGAAGAUGGCUUGGUGGAUAUUUCCAUUGAUACCUCCAACUUCAAAAAUCCUUUAUUUUACAUUCAGGUCAUACACAAAUCUAAUAAUUACUGUUAUAAUUCCUGGUGGCUUGAAGAACAGCAUAUACCAGCAACACACACUGCAAGUCGUAUUUUCUCCCCGAGCAAGAGUUACAUUCAUCUUGCACUUAUUACUGGUACUAUGACCUGUGGGCAAACCCAGGAUAUCCGGGUUUACUACAUCCUGAAUGGACAGAUUCUUAAGGAUGAAAAAGAAUUAACAUUCUAUUACUUGAUCAAAGCAAAUGGAAGACUCUUUCAAUCAGGAACCCAUGUGUUGUCCAUUAAACAAGGAAACAUGAAAGGAGUAUUUUCUUUCUCCAUUCAAGUGGAAUCAGACAUUGCUCCUACUGCCCAGCUGCUUGUUUAUACUACUUUACCUAAUGGAGAAAUGAUUGCAGAUGCGCAGACACUGCAGAUUGAAAACUGUUUUGCCAAUAAGGUCAACUUGAGCUUCUCCUCAGCCCAGGGCCUGCCAGCCUCAGACACCAACCUGAAGGUCACAGCCUCCCCUCAUUCCCUCUGCGGCCUCCGUGCAGUUGACCAGAGUGUGCUGCUAAUGAAGCCUGAAGCUGAGCUCUCACCUGAAAUUGUCUAUAAUUUGCUACAACAAAAGAUGCAGACGGCUCCCUUUUUUGUACAUCUAGAUUUUCUGAAUGAGGAUCAGGAAGAUUGCAUCAAGCCAGAAAACUUGUAUCGCAAUGGAUUCUCUAAUACAGCAGGGCAGGACAUGGCUGCGGAUGACAUUUCCAGUAUCUUUCAGUCUAUAGGAUUAAGUAUUUAUACCAACUCAAAAAUCCGCAAGCCACGUUAUUGUCCAUACCCUCCAGGGUAUCUAGGAAUCCCAAUGGGCUUUGGAGGAGUUGUCCCGCCAGGCACAAUGCCAGUUGCAAUAGACCCGCCAGGUGUAGGAUUCCCGCCAGGCCCAGGAUUCCCGCCAGGCCAAAUACCAGGCGCAGGAGUCCCGCUACGCGCAAUACCAGGCGCAGCAGCCGCACCAGGCACAGGAGCUGUGCCAGGCGCAGCAGGCCUAGGCUCCCCACUCGGACUCGGUUCUGUAUCAUCAAGCAAUGCUGUGGAAUAUAUGAGCGGAAACUUUCUGCAGAGGGAAGAAGAAAAGAAGGAGAUAAUCCGGAAGUAUUUCCCUGAGACCUGGAUCUGGGACUUGGUGGUACUUGAUGUAUCAGGUAGAAGUGAGUUGGCAAUGAAAAUCCCUGACACCAUCACGGAGUGGAAGGCCAGAGCUCUCUGCUUAUCUAACACUACCGGGUUCGGCCUCUCCCCUAUCAUCUCUCUUCAAGCCUUCCAGCCCUUCUUUCUGGAACUCACUCUCCCCUACUCUGUGGUUCGAGGAGAAGACUUCAUGCUCAAAGCCACAGUGUUCAACUAUCUGCCUCACUGCAUUCGGGUCAGCGUACAGCUGGAGGGCUCUCCUGCCUUCUUAGCAGUUCCAGUAGAGGAGAAUGAAGAAUCUCACUGUAUCUGUAGAAAUGGACAGAAAACUGUGUCCUGGGCUGUGAUUCCAAAGUCACUAGGAAAGGUGAAUUUCACAGCUACUGCAGAAGCCCUCCAGUCUCGGGAAAUGUGUGGCAAUGAGGUGCCCCAAGUCCCAGCGCUUGCACAGAAGGAUACCGUAGUCAAGCCGCUAAUAAUUGAGGCUGAAGGAAUAGAAAGGGAGGAAACUUUCAACACAAUGCUCUGUGCAUCAGAAAAUGGAGUACCUGAAAAACUGUCACUAAAACUUCCUUCCAGUAUAGUUGAAGGCUCUGCCAGGGCGACAUAUUCAGUUGUGGGUGAUAUACUAGGCUCUGCAAUGCAAAAUAUUCAGAAUCUUAUUAAGAUGCCCUUUGGCUGUGGAGAGCAGAAUAUGAUUCUUUUUGCUCCCAACAUCUAUGUUCUGAACUAUCUAAAUGUGACACAACAGCUAACGGAGACGAUCAAGUCCAAAGCCAUCGAUCACCUCAUCAGUGGGUACCAAAGACAGCUGAACUACAAGCACAGUGAUGGUUCAUACAGUUCCUUUGGGGAUGAUGAUGGCAGAAGUGAGGGAAGCACUUGGCUCACUGCAUUUGUGCUUAAGUCCUUUGUUCAAGCCCAGUCACACAUCUUUGUGGAAAACUCACACCUCACAAACUCUUUCAACUGGCUCGCAAAGAAGCAAAAGGAAAACGGUUGUUUUCAGCGCUCUGGAACAAUACUGAACAAUGCUAUCAAGGGUGAAGUAAAUGAUGAGGUGACGCUCUCUGCCUACGUCACCAUUGCUCUGCUGGAGAUGCCACUGCCAGUUACUCAUCCAGUUGUCCGCAGUGCUCUAUUCUGCUUGGAAAUGAAAUGGAGAUCCAUCUCAAGGGCCAAAGGAAAUUCUGUCUAUACAAAGGCAUUACUGGCUUACGCCUUUACUCUAGCAGGAAACCAGGCCAGGCGAAAUGAGCUACUUGAAUCACUAGAUAGGGAAGCUCUGAAAGAGGAUGGCUCAAUGCACUGGCAACAUCCUGGGAAACUUCAACAACCCGAAACACUCUAUUUUCAACCCCGGGCUCCUUCUGCCGAAGUGGAGAUGACAUCUUACGUGCUCCUGGCCUAUCUUACUGUCCAGCCUCGCCCAUCUUCAAAAGACCUGUCUGUGGCAUCACGCAUUGUGAAAUGGAUCACAGAGCAACAAAACCCUUAUGGAGGUUUCUCCUCUACUCAGGAUACAAUAGUAGCUCUCCAAGCCAUCUCCAAAUAUGCAGCAAUAACUUUCACUAAAAAAGAGAAAGCAGCAACAGUCACUGUCAAGUCUUCAAACACCUUCUCUGAAGAAUUCCAAGUAGACAAUGCCAACCGCCUUCUGCUGCAGGAGGUUGGGUUACCAGAGAUUCCAGGAGAGUACAGCACAACAGUAUCAGGGUCAGGGUGUGUGUACCUCCAGUCAUCCCUGAGGUAUAACAUCCUGCCCAAGAAGGAAGGGAAAAGCCCCUUCACUCUGAAGGUUGAUACUCUUCCCAAGGAUUGUGAUGGAGUAGACGCUAAUAAAAAAAUCCAGAUUCAUAUCAACAUGAGUUAUACUGGAGAACGACCCAGCUCUAAUAUGGUCAUUGUUGACGUGAAGAUGGUAUCAGGCUUCAUACCUGUAAAAGCAUCUGUGAAAAAGCUUCAAGACAGUCCUGAGAUUCAAAGAACAGAAGUGAACACCAACCAUGUGCUGAUUUACUUUGAAAAGCUAACCAGUCAAGUUGUGAGUUUCUCCUUCUCAGUGGAACAAAGCAUUCAAGUAAAGAAUUUGAAACCAGCCAGUGUAAAAGUCUAUGAUUAUUAUGAGACCGAUGAAUUCACCAUUGAAGAGUACACUAUGCCCUGCAGUGCUGAACCUGAACAAGUACAUGUUUUAAAAUGAAAACUCAGGUAUGAACCUCAUCAGAUGACCUGCUCCAAGAUGAAGAACAGAGACUUAUCAGAAGAAAAGAUAGUGGGAGAAGAAGGAAUGGUAGCUGGAAACAGAUAGAAUCUGUAUGUUGAAAAAAAAUUGUGAUAUUAACACACAAAAAAAUCUUUUUUCUGUUAUUCAUCAAAGCUAGAGUUCACUCCUGAACUAUAUAUCUAUUCUUCAUAGUAUUUUUAAAAACUAAAAAAGCUACACAACAUGGUGCACUCCAAAAUACCACAGAUAAAUAAAAAUGGAAUUUCAAAAAAUGUUUCAUGUAACCCUCAGGGAGGUAGGAGAACAAAGACAAUAUUUUCAAAGAUUGGAAACAACUAAAAUGUCCAUCAAUAAGUGAAUGGUUUCACUAGCUGUGAUAUAUCUAUACCAGGGAAAAGUACUGAACAAUAAAAAGGAACGGAUUAUUGAUAUACACAACUUGGCCGGAUCUCAAAACCGUUAUGCUCAGUGGGGAAGAGAGGUUUAUUUUACAGAGGUCAAAUACUGGUUGAUUCCUUGCACAUAACAGUUUUGAAGUGACAAAAUUAUACAGAUAGAAAACAAAUUAAUGGUUUCCAAGGGUUAAGUACAAUAGUAGGACAAGGGAGGAUGAAUGCGACUAUAAAGGGAAAGCCCUAAAAGUGUCUUGUGGUGAUGGAAUCCUGCAUGUAAAGAAGAAAGUGUCCUGAUUCAAAUCUUUACUUUUAAUUUCAUCUCAAAUUAUUUUGCUAUCUAUUGUGUGGUGAGAAAGUAUAUACCAAAAUUGAAUUUUUUCUCAUGUAGCUUUCUAGUGUAACCAUU